AUGACGACUUACGAUGCCACAAUUGGCAAUGUGCCAGUACCAAACCUGUCGUACUUCUCGCCGCAACAUCAAACCUCUCCAGGCACGGCCAAGACCAUCGAUGAAAGCACUCCGACCAUCUUCCGCCCUUUGAAAGUCCGCGGCGUCACGCUCCGCAAUCGGAUAUGCGUCUCCCCAAUGUGUCAGUACUCGUGUGCUCCUUCCGGGCCAAGCACCGGUGUUUUGACACCUCACCACAUCGUGACACUCGGGCACUAUGCAUACAAGGGAGCGGCAUUGGUCAUGGUCGAGGCAACUGGUGUACAACCCAACGGACGUAUCAGCGUCAACUGCCCCGGUCUCUACAACGAUGCCCAGCAGACUGGCCUUAAGUCGGUUGCAGAAGUCAUCCACUCUCACGGAGCAUUAAUCGGAGUCCAGCUUUCGCAUGGAGGACGGAAGUCAGGGACUACAGCCCCAUGGAUUGCAAAUCGGCAAGGAAAGGGCAGUGCGCGAGCCAGCGUCGCGGAGGGCGGGUGGCCAGAUAACGUCGUUGGCCCGAUGGGUGGAGCCGGCAGCUCCUGGGAUGGGAAACCCCCAAACGACGAGUCCGGAGGGUUUUGCGAGCCAAAACAGAUGACUCGGGAUGACAUCAAAGAAUUCAUUGCCGACUGGGCUUCUUCUGCGAACCGAGCGGUCAUGGCCGGUGUCGACAUCAUCGAAAUUCAUGCGGCUCAUGGCUACCUCCUGCAUCAGUUCCUCAGCCCUAUUACCAACCAGAGGAGCGACGAGUAUGGCGGCAGCUUCGAGAACCGCAUUCGCCUUACUAUCGAAGUGAUUGCCGCAGUGCGAGCAGCAAUCCCGGAGACAAUGCCCAUCAUCCUCCGCAAAACGCUCGGGCAAUGGGAUGUUUCUAGCACUACGCGCCUCGCCAAGCUCCUGCCCUCGCUUGGCGUGGACAUCUUGGACAUCAGCUCCGGUGGCAACCACCCAGCAGCACGUCUCAACGUCUUCAACGCAGGCAAAGAACAAGCCGAGAUCGCCAAGCAGCUUCGCAAAGAGCUGAGAGCAAGCGACAACAAGCUGCUUGUGUCGGUCGUGGGUAUGAUCAAUGAAUCCGGCCAGGCCCGAGACUUGGUGGAACAAAACUCCGCUGGCGAUGCUGCCGCGGAUUUGAUCUUCGUCGCUCGGAAAUUCCUCAACGACCCGGCAUGGGUGAUGAGGCUUGCGGAAGACCUGGGAGUCGAUGUUGCCUGGCCGAUUCAAAUGGCGCGACCGCAGAUAACGGGAUCGAAAGGGUAG